AUUUUCGUUCAUUUCCGAGUCAACAUUUCCUCAUUGGCCGAAUGAAUUUUGUUUGAAGUGAUUUUUAAUUGAGAAAAACCCAAAAUUAGUGAUCAAUAGAGCUUUGUUUGCACGUGAAAAUAAAAGUACUGUGGCUCUGGAGAAAGGCUUUUGAGGGGCAGUGCAACUUUCUCCUGAGGGCAAAUUGUGAGGUUAUGUGAGGACACCUUCAAAGGCGUGAAAGUCCUACGAGAAUGUUCAACAAACCAACAUUUGGAGGGGCUUCAACUUCAGGUUUUGGGUUUAAUAACACCGCCACGGCAAGUCCUUUUGGUCAGUCGACUUUUGGGAAGCCAGCCACGACGGGAUUCGGACAGACUUCUGCCUUCGGGCAGCCCAGCUCAUCUCUGUUUGGUGGCAAUCAGACCAAUCUCUUUGGCACAGCCAACUCUUCGCCCUUUGGAGCACCCCAAGCCACCACGCAGUCCGGAUUCGGGGGUUUCUCCCAACCGGCCAAUACGUCAGUGUUUGGAAGUGCCACUGGCAAUCAGAACACGUCAAUUUUCGGCCAAUCUGGGACUUCUGCCUUUGGCGCUGCUAAGCCAUCGGGCUUUGGCUUUGGAGGAACUCAGCCUCAAACAUCAAUUUUCGGCCAGGCAAGCACUUCCAAUGCCACUGGAACGAGUUUCUUUGGCCAGCAAACGACUGGCAAUAGCUCAAUCUUUGGCGCCACAGCGACUCCGGCUUUUGGGGCAGCUGCUCCAGGAGCCGGAGGUACAGCUCUGGCCAAGUAUCAACCGUCAAUUGGGACGGAUACUCUGAUGAAGAAUGGACAGCAGAGCAGCGUUUCCACGAAGCAGCACUGCAUCACGGCCAUGAAAGAGUACGAGGAGAAGUCUCUGGAAGAGCUACGAAUGGAGGAUUAUGUGGCAAGUAGGAAGGGACCUCAGGCUGGAGCAGUCGGUGGGAUUUUUGGCAAUCAAGCUCCAACGAGUAAUUUGUUUGGAGCUCCGGCUCAGCAACAAACAACCGGGCUGUUUGGGCAGCAGCCUGAAAACAAAGGAUUGUUCGGGAAUACAAACACCAUGGCAGGAUUUGGGCAGGCCAGCGCCUUUGGGGCAACUACGAGUCAACCAUCAGCUGGAGGGCUGUUCAAUAAACCUUUUGCCGCACCAACAACUAGCACUUCCAAUUUUGGCUUCGGGAAUACGGCUAACAAUGCCAGUACCAAUAUGUUUGGGGCGAAGCCUUUUGGGGCUCCGGCAACGGGAAGUGUUUUUGGGGCAGGACAGACAAAUACAGCUGCUCCAUCGGCCUUUGGACAGCCCAACACGGGCUUUGGGGGCUUCGGACAGCCAAAUGCCAAUCAGAACACGUCUCUCUUUGGCGGGACUCAGGAUAAACCGGCUUUUGGGAUGGCAGCAACGUCUACGGGAUUUGGAUUUGGCACGAACACCAAUACAAUGUCCGGAGGGAGUUUGUUUCAGCCGAAGCCAGCAACGGGUUUUGGAGCUACGAGCGGAGGCUUUGGGACGACAACAUCAAUGGCACCGGGAUUUGGAGGUUUUGGCCAGACGAAUCCUGGUGGAUCGUUGUUCAAUUCGUCUUUCAAUAAGCCCGCUACGAGUGGCUUUGGAAGCUUUGGGAAUCCCACAGUUAGUAGCCAACCUCUUGGAUUGGGAACGUCAACAGUUGGAGGUGGACUAUUUGGAGGAGCGGCUAAUAAGCCAGGAGGAUUCUUCGGAGGAGGCACGGGGACCGGGACAGGAGGAGGACUCUUCAAUAAUUCCCUGUCUUUUGGCAACAAUAACUCCCUGAUGGGCGGUUUAGGGCAGAGUAGCCUGGGAAUGGGAGGAGCUCCAGGAUUGGGACAGAAUCAGCAGAAUACCGUUCCUGUGCAUCAACAGAUUCUCGCUCUGACGACUUCUCCUUACGGUGACAAUCCGAUUUUUAAGGAUUUGAAGCCUCCGGGAGUGACUGAAGAUGCUCUGAAGCCGACAAAUCCUGCAGCACAGAAGGCGAUACUGGAAUCUUCAGCCAGUCAGUUCAAGGUGUCCUCGGCAAAGAUCGAGCGAGGCGUCAAAGUGAAGCCAAUUGGGAAUGGAUUGAGCAAGAAGUCGCUAUUUGAGGGAUUGGAGGAAUAUGACAGUUCUGUAGAGGAAAAUUUCAAUCUAAAACCCAGUGCUAGGCGUUUGAUUAUAUCCAAGGGAAUGGCUACUCCGACUAAACCGGCAAAUGAUUCCGUUCAGAGUCCACAGGGAUCACAGGUGUACGGUUCGUCCGAGAGGAAGAGUCUCAAUGUCUCGACUUCUCUGGCCAACAAAGAGAAUCAAGAGAGUUUCACCAAUGAAAUCCCAGCAAACCUGUCAAGAGUCAUUGAUAAUCCAAGGAGGGUGUCUUGGCUACAUUCAAAUCCGGACAAAAAUCGCCGUCAGAGUGAUGCCUACCUCGAGAGUACGGUCCAAGAGAUUAUGAGUGAUAAGCAAAAAUCUGAAAGUGGAAGAACUAGUGGAGUAUCCUCCGGAUCCAAAAUGUCCAGGAUGUCAAAUCAGAAGGAUAGCAAGAGUGAUUCUCAAGGAAAUAAUUCCAGGGAUGCUUCAGAGGCGUCUUUCAGGGGUGAAACGAGUGACGGAGAAGAUAUGCUGCUGACAACUUCUGAACCCCAUCCAACGGGAAUUGUCCUCAGAAGAUCCGGAUACUACACAAUCCCAUCCCUGGAUGAAUUGCAGAACUAUCUCAAAGAGGAUGGAACGUGCAUUGUGCCAAAUUUCACCAUUGGACGCGAGAGAUAUGGAAAUGUGUUUUUCGAUGAGGAAAUGGAUGUGGCUGGGUUGAAUUUGGACGAGACGGUUUUCUUCAGGCACAAAGAAGUGGUAAUUUAUGCGUUGGAUGAGCAAAAGCCACCCAUUGGAAUGGGACUCAAUCGACCGGCUCAGGUGACACUGGAUCAAUUGUGGCCAAUGGAUAAAACAACGCAUGAGCCAAUCAAAGAUCCCGAGAGACUGGAGAGCAUAGAAUAUGAAGAGCGCCUGAGGAGAGCCUGCAAAAAGUACGACACGAGAUUUAUUGACUAUCGUCCGGAGACGGGAAGUUGGGUGUUCAAAGUCGAUCACUUUUCAAAGUACGGUUUGACGGAGAGCGAUGAGGAGGACGCUGGACCAGUUGAUCCGGCGAAAAAGGCCAAGAUAACCGCACCGGCAGUUCAGCAGAAGGGACAAGUGGCAGCGGGUGCGAAACAAACGCCGGCUGCAACUAGUGAAGCUCCAGUGGCAUCUUCCUCGAAUCUCUAUCCGGAUAUUGAUGAACUGCGUCAAAUGACCACGAUGCCAAAGUCCUUGGUGGAGAUGGAGGAUGAUUUUGACAUGGAUUUCAUGCCAAAUUUCUCCCAUGCCCAUCCCGUCAGUCCAUCAGCCUCAAUGGCAAUGGAAAUGGGAGCAAAGUCGCACAAGUUGCAACUGAUGAAGGCGGCUUUCUUCACGGAAGAUGACUACGACAAUCGAUCCAUUUGUACGGAUUCCGUGACGGGAAGAGAGAGUCCGGAUCAGGAUCAGAUUGUUCCCAGUCGUCGUCUUGGCAGUCGUUUCUCUAGCAUGCAGAGCAUUUAUAAGGAAUCCAGUGUCAUGAGUCUCCAGACACAAUCCGAUGAUACACCAAUUGUGUCCAGGAUUGUUGGACUUCCGGCAAAAGUGGAGGUGCCGGAGAAGAAACUCCCAAGGCAGAUUAUUGAACCUAUUUACUAUCCUUUGGUGGUUGAGCCGAAGAUUGCCAUUGUCAAUCCUGUUGGGACUAUUGUUCCAUUUGCGAAUUCUGUGGCGAAGCAUUUGAAGGCCAAGUGUAUUGCUGACAUUGGGAUUUUGGCCGGGAGACGGUUCAGAGUUGGCUGGGGUCCAAGGAAUUCCUGUGUGAUCCUGACAACAGCUCAAGUUGUUCAGGACAUUAAGAGAGCUACAACGAGUCUGGGGGAUUUUGCUCCAGUUCUCGCAGCUCGGGCAUCAGAUGACAAAUCCCCAGCCAUUGCAAUGAGACUGGAAGUGGCUUCAGUGCUCCCAAUUCGGGGCUUCCAGCGUUCAAUUCAGAAGCAUCUCGGCAUUCAGUUGAAGUACUGCGAAAAGGUCAUUUUCUCUCCAAGCGAAUGCCCACAGUUCCUGCCGGCAGGUGGGACAGAUUUGCUUCAGGAGCACUGUCAGCAGGCCCGGGAGCAGCAGGGUCAGAGUCAGCAUGAGAAGUAUGCUCAGAGUGUUUGGGCGCUGUGCGAGGCCCUCUGGGGCGAAGAAGAGGAACUCCAGGGACAGGAUCCGGCCAGUCAUUUGACAGUCAUGCGACGCCGGGAACUCCUGUCCAAUUGGCUGGAGGAAGUUGUCUCAGAAAAGCCCAUUUCCGUGGCAGAAAGCUCAGACUACCUGGAGUACUUGAUUGAGUUGCUCUAUGCCCACAAAGUCACAGAAGCGUGCGAGUUGGCUUUUAUGAAGAAUGACAUGAAUCUGUCGCUGCUGAUCUCACAAUCUUCCGGAGGUCCAAUUGUGCGUCAGUUGAUUCAGCAUCAAUUGGCUUCGUGGCAAGAAGUUGAAGCUGACAAGUUUAUCAAUGUCAACCGUCUGAAGGUGUUUAUGCUAGUUGCCGGGAUUCCUCUGCUGUCCUCUGCUAACGGGACGCUGGAUGGAGGGAAAGGAGGAACAAUCAAUGUAUUCAAAGAUGUGGACUGGAUCACUGCACUUGCGAUUAAUUUGUGGUAUUUGUGCUCUCCAACGGCUUCGAUAACUGACGCACUGCUGAACUACGAGAGUGCUUUUAUGUCUGAGGAUGGAGUAGCUGCUCCGCCGAAUCCUCCCUACACAGAUUACGAGGUGGACAGUAAGCAUCCCAUCCAGGAUCUGCGCUACCAUCUGCUGAAGUUGUACUCAAAGAGGAGUCAUCGGAUUGAGACUCUUCUCAAUCCAGCUACUCAUACAGCAGAUUCCAUGGACUUCCGCCUCAGUUGGCUCCUCCUGCAGACUCUAGACACUCUGGGGUAUCAUCAUUGUUCGGAAAAGUCCGAGUGUCAGUUGCAUACGUCCUUUGCUAGUCAACUGGAAAAUUAUGGAAUGUGGCAUUGGGCGAUUUUUGUGCUUCUGCAUAUCCGGAACCGGGAGAGACGAGAGAUUAGCGUGCAACAGAUACUGUUCCGCUAUAUUAGGUUGUCGGAGGAGGAGGAGGGUUUUGCCGAUGAGGAGUACGAGGUGAAGGAGAGAUUUGUGAUUGAGAAUUUACAUGUCCCAGUGACGUGGAUUUGCUGGGCUAAAGCUGUCAGGGCGGGAUCCAUGAAGAGGUAUCAGGAACAGGCGGAGUUUCUCAUCAAGGCCAAACAGUGGAACUUGGCCCAUGAAAUCAUAAUGAAUCACAUUGCUCCAGAUGCUGUGAUCAAUGAUAACAUCCCUUACUUGAAGGAGCUUCUAAAGUCUCUGAAGGAGACGAAAAAAAUACUGAAUUGGAGGAAUCAGGGACAGAUUCUCUACGAUUUUAUCGAUAUGAAUGAAAAGUUUGAAUCACUGAAGAUGGUGGCAGAGAGUGAUCUCGUGAGCCAUUGGGAAGGACUGAAGCCUCAACUGGAUGAACUGUGCUCACGAAUAAAUCUCUUCCCAUGUCCGACGGCUAAGCAUCGACUCUGCCAGAGUGAAAUAUCCCAGAGACUGGCUUGCCUGGUUCGUGGGAUUCUCAUGACAUCGCCUCAUCUCAAUCCCUGUCUUCUGAUCAAGGUGGCCCUGGAAAAGCUGCCGCUGCCCCAGGAAUAUGCCCAGAAGGAACUCAAAUUCUUCAUUGAUUCUGUUAUGGUGGAAAAUUUUCAGCACACAGAUGAGCAAAUGGAUGCUUAAGGAUUUAAGGAAAAAAAUAUUUCGAAAAUUUAGGACGUAAAUGAAUGAAAUUACUUGUAAGAACGUUGAAAUGUAAUAAAAAUAACUUUGAAUGAA